CCACAUGUUGGGGAAGAACGCUGCAGCGACCCAGAAACAGCCGAGCGGCCGUGAUAAAAAGGAGAUAUUACAAAAGCGAGGCAUAAGGAUGGCUGGCCAUUAGUGAGCUGACGGGGCAUCUUGUGACUUUUUUUUUUUUUUUGCCCUCCAGAAGAGGAAGGAAAGUGGUCACUGACGGUCCCGAAGCCGGCGGAGCCUGUGCUGUUUUUCCACGGCUCUCGGCUCUGCCGUUUACGGACAAGGCAAGAGGUCAGCAGCAAAUAGAACCAAGCGACUCUUCUGGAGGAAAGUGAUUACCCAGCCAGGUUCUCUUCGGCUUUUUGAGAAACGGGGGAAACAGCCUGGCCUGGGAUCCCGUCCAGGAUGGAUGUUGGGAUCGCGUCUUUGCGCUCGGAGGCGGUGUUGGCCAUGAAAACGGCGCUGGUUUCUGCGGACGCCUUACAGCUCACCCUGAAGCCCGAGCCCAGUCAGGAGGAGCAGGCCCUCACUCGCCACUCCAGCAGCAAGUCCAGAGAGGCACAGAAAGACCGGAAUGAAGACCUCAAAGAGAUGCUGGAGAGCAGCAAGGAGUCGCUCAAACUGGAGGCCAUGAAGAGGGUUGUUGGCCUAAUUGCCAAAGGAAAGAACGCCUCCGAGUUGUUUCCUGCCGUUGUGAAGAACGUUGCGAGCAAGAACAUCGAGCUUAAGAAGCUGGUGUAUGUGUACCUGGUGAGGUAUGCAGAGGAGCAGCAGGACCUGGCUUUGCUCUCCAUCAGCACCUUCCAGCGGGCCCUGAAGGACCCAAACCAGUUAAUCCGGGCGAGCGCGCUGAGGGUUCUGUCCAGUAUCCGCGUCCCGAUCAUCGUCCCCAUCAUGAUGUUGGCCAUCAAGGAGGCCGCGGCCGACCUGUCCCCCUACGUCAGGAAGACCUCCGCCCACGCCAUCCAAAAGCUCUACAGCCUGGACCCAGAACAGAAGGAACAGCUGAUCGAAGUGAUUGAGAAGCUCCUGAAAGACAAGAGCACACUGGUGGCCGGCAGCGUGGUGAUGGCGUUCGAGGAGGUGUGCCCGGACCGCAUCGACCUGAUCCACAAGAACUACAGGAAGCUGUGCAACCUGCUGGUGGACGUGGAGGAGUGGGGGCAGGUGGUCAUCAUCUCCAUGCUGACGCGCUACGCCAGGACGCAGUUCACCAGUCCCUGGAAGGAGGGUGUAGAGUUUGAUGAGAACAACGAGAAGGCUUUCUACGACUCCGACUCCGAGGAGAAAAAGGGACCGACGGAGUCGAAGCCCUACAUCAUGGAUCCCGAUCACCGGCUGCUGCUCAGAAACACCAAACCUCUGCUGCAGAGCCGGAACACUGCCGUUGUAAUGUCGGUGGCACAGCUUUACUGGCACCUUGCUCCAAAACACGAGGUCAGCAUCGUCACAAAGUCGUUGGUCCGGCUGCUGAGAAGCCACAGAGAGGUGCAGUACAUUGUGCUUCAGAACAUCGCCACCAUGUCCAUCCAGAGGAAGGGGAUGUUCGAGCCCUACAUGAAGAGCUUCUACGUGAGGUCCACCGACUCCACGCAUAUAAAAACACUAAAGUUGGAGAUCCUGACAAAUUUAGCCAAUGAAGCAAACAUCUCAACCAUCCUGAGGGAAUUCCAGACGUACGUGAAGAGCCAGGACAAGGCGUUUGCAGCAGCCACCAUCCAGGCCAUCGGCAGGUGCGCCACCAACAUCACCGAGGUGACGGACACGUGUCUCAACGGCCUGGUGCUGCUGCUGUCCAACAGAGACGAGACGGUGGUGGCGGAGAGCGUGGUGGUCAUCAAGAAGCUGCUCCAGACUCAGCCCACUCAGCACAGCGACAUCAUCAAACACAUGGCCAAGCUCUUUGACAACAUCACCGUUCCGAUGGCGCGGGCAAGCAUCCUGUGGCUGAUUGGCGAGUACUGCGAGAGGGUGCCCAAGAUCGCUCCGGACGUCCUGCGCAAGAUGGCCAAGACGUUCACCGCUGAGGAGGACAUCGUCAAGCUGCAGACGGUCAACCUGGCCGCCAAACUCUACCUCACCAACUCCAAGCAGACCAAACUGUUGACCCAGUACAUCCUCAACCUCGGCAAAUACGACCAGAACUACGACAUCAGAGACCGAACCCGUUUCAUCAGACAGCUGAUCGUGCCGAGCGAGAAGAGCGGCGCCCUCAACAAGUACGCCCGACGCAUCCUACUGGCCCCAAAGCCGGCCCCGGUGCUCGAGUCUUCCUUCAAAGAUCGGGAUCGUUUCCAGUUGGGAACUCUCUCGCACAGCCUCAACAUUAAAGCCUCGGGGUACCAGGAGCUCUGCGACUGGCCCGCCGUCGCUCCUGACCAGUCUGUGAGGAACGUGGAGGUCAUAGAGCCAGAGCAAGAGUGGACGGCCACAGUCAGCAAGGCCAAGAACCUGAAAUCUGAUGAGAAAUUCUACUCCGAUGAUGAAGAGGAGAACGAGAAGGAAGGAUCUGACAGCAGCGGCAGUGAAGACAGCAGCAGCAGCAGCAGCAGCGAAGAGUCGAGCAGUGAAAGUGAGGAGGAGAGCAGCGACGAAGAGUCAACCAAGAGCUCCGGUCACACUGGGGGAAGCUCCAGCGAUUCAGAAAAAAGCUCCAGCGAGUCUGAAUCUCAGCAGAAAAAGAAGAAAAGGACCAAAAAGGCGCCGCAAAAGAAAACGAAGCCGGCCGCUGCUGACAGUGAAUCGGAUGAGAACGGGAACGGACCUGCGGCCGUGGAGAGCAGCUCGUCGGCUGAAACCUCGUCGGACUCGGAGACGGAUUCUGAGGAGGACUCGGACUCGGACUCGCCGCCGCCGACCCAGAAAAAGAAUGACGCCAAGUCGAAAUCGAAGGUGGCUGUGAAGUCAAAGGAGGUUUCUCUCUUGGAUCUUGAUGAUUUUUCUCCUGCGCCGACGAACCCGGCCCAGUCCGUGGCCUUGUCCCCGAGCCUGCUGUCCGACCUGGAGGGCCUCUCCCUGUCCAACGUCUCCUCCGCCGCCGUGCAGGUCAGCACGCAGUCCUUCGGCCCCGUGAAGAGCUACGAGUUGCUCCACCACAUGACUGGAAAAGGUCUCUCGGCCAAGUACCACUUCCCCAGGCAGCCGUGUCUGUACCAGCCCAGCAUGGUCUCGGUGCAGCUCUCACUGACCAACAACUCGGACCACUGCCUGGAGGAGAUCCACAUUGGGGACCGAACCCCGGCAAGCCUGAACAUCCACUGCUUUAACACUAUCGAUCGGUUGCAGCCAGAGGCCUCGGUGACGGUAUCCAUGGGCAUUGACUUCAGCGACUCCACACAAGCCGCCAACUUCCAGCUAUGCACCAAGGAGGACCGGUUCAACGUGUCCAUUCAGCCCGCCGUCGGGGAGCUGUUGAUGCCCAGCUCCAUGACUGAGCAGGACUUCUGCAAGGAGCAAGGAAAGCUGCUGGGUAUGAAUGAGACGUCCGCCACCGUCACCGCGACCAGCGCCUCCAGCCAGAACAUCAACAAGCAGGUCCUGUCUGUGGCCAACGUCGGGGUGGUUUCAUCCAGCCAGUCCAACGUCAGCAGGUUCGCCGGGCGGACGGUCAGCAGCGGCGCUCUGGUCCUGGUGUCCCUGGAGCUGAGGGAGUCGCCCACGGCGCUGCUCACCAUCAACACGGAGAAGAGCGUCAUGGCGUCCAUGCUGCUCCGAGACCUCAAGCAAGCCCUCGCUCAGCCCUAGAGCGACCCGUCCCAACUUCCUGUAGUCGAACAUAAAGGGCGACGCCGAAAUGAAGAUUUAAUGCAUUUUUAUUCCUGUGAUUCUGGUACAUCUGUCUGGUUUUUAUUUUAAGAGUCUAAAAGUUCAAGGAGGGGAGCUUUAACGGAGAAUACAGUGAAACAAGCUUGUCCAGAAACACAGGAGUAACUUUGUGCAUCUCUUGACUGAAGUUGAAAUCUCCAUUCAGACUCUGAAAGCAUCACACACUCGUGUUUCAGUUUCCUGUUUGCAGCCAGAGGUGAACGUGACACUUCGGUCUUUGACCACCUGGCUGUUCAGUUUUGCGCCCAAAGAGGUUGGAACUGUGUGGAAAGUGUCAAUAAAACAUGAUGGAAUCUUGAAUUGUUCUCAUAAGUCUAUAUUCUGAUCACAUGAGGACAUUUUACCAUUUCACUGACCUUACUGACUUAUUUUGACCUUAACAUCUCAAAAGAACCGGGAUGUUUGCCGCUUUGUAUUUUGUAUUAAAUUUUGUGCAAUUUAGAAAAGUCGUCUUUGAAUUAUUUUUUUUUUUUUUUUUUUGCAUUUCAGGCAAAAUAUGUAACGUUUAAACUUUUGUUAGAUGAUUUUUUUUUUUUUUGUAGAAAAGCCAACAUGUAGUCCAACAGAAGAGACGUGCUGAAAUGACGUCUCCUCAGACUCAUUGUGUAUCUUUAAGAAAAAUUUUUUAUAUAUAAUUGUUCUUGUUGCAACAAUUGUUUAUUUUUUUCUAAAGGUUUUUGCCUGCUCUUUGUACACUCGACAUGUUACUGACCCGCUGCCAGUCCUCCUUUCUGAGCUCCACAUGCGGUUCUGUCCCGGCUUUUACGAAAUGAGUUUCAUGAGAUGGUAAAAGGAUUUUGCUUUUAGCGUUUGCCCUGUGAUCUACGCCCCUGUUCGAACAAUGUAGCCUUAUGAGAAUUACAGUUGAUUGCGCCACAUUUUAUUAAAGAUUUUGCACAUAGUUCCAACUUUUAUUUUUGGAAAUUUGGUUUGUACCUCUCCUGUGACUAUUCAGCCUUCAAGCGGUCUGUAAAGCAUGUAUCCUGGUACGGCGUGCGUGUCCCCUGUAGUCUUGAUGAGGGGAAAAUGAGAAAGUAGAACUCCUCCGCACUAUUUCCAACUGGUUAAUUUCACAUUUCAGCCAAACCACAUCUGUCAAAGUGCCUUCGGUGUGAGGUUAACAACAUCCAGGAAUCCAAUCACACAUCAGAAUUAAAUGAACAAGAUGUUUUUAUCUGUACUGCUACUCCUGAAUAAUAAAAUGUGAC